CCAACAUCCAUCAUGGGCCGACUGCAGCUAUACGUAGGAACUUCAUAGCCGCUCUCACUCUCCAUAAGAACCGAAAACAAUACUUCUCCAUCACCAUUUCCUGACCCACUAGCACCUCACUACCGUGAAACACCCAUCACAACUACUCACAAUGACCACCUCAUCACAACCAAGCACCGCAUCCCUCCUCUCCGCCUCCGAAUCCAGAAUCUCCUGCUACGAACUCACAAACACCUCUCCCAUCCCGGACACCCGAAUCCACGAAAUCAUCACCCACACCAUAAAACACGCCCCCUCAUCCUUCAACGUUCAAUCCGCACGAGCCGUAAUCCUCCUGAAAACCGACCACGUCAAACUCUGGGACCUCGCAGACGCAACCGCGAAAAAAGUCCAUCCGGAAGCUCAUGAGAAAAUGUUAGAGAAAAUGAUCUCGGGGUUCAGAGGAGCUUAUGGAACGGUAUUGUGGUUUGAAGAUGAUGAAGCACUUUCAGGACUUGCGGCGAAGAAUCCGUUGUUUGGGAAGUUGGUGCCGAGUUGGGGAGAUGUGAGUAAUGGGAUGCAUCAAUAUGUUGCGUGGACGGCGUUGGAAUUGGAAGGGUUGGGGUGUAAUUUACAGCAUUUUAAUUUUAUGGAGGAGUUCUCGGAUGAGGUAGGUAAGACGUGGAAUUUACCUUCGACGUGGAAGUUGAAGGCGCAAUUGGUCUUCGGGACGCCGGCGAAUGGAUUGGUGAGGAGGAGGGAGAGAACGUAUAAGCCUUUGGAAGAGAGGGUACAGAUGUUUGGGUCGUAGCAUAGUAGAUGUUGAGCGAGGAUAUGUAUAUAUUCUCAUCUCGAUUUUUUUGUAAUGCCAACGCUUCUCAUCU